AUGCGUUGGAGAGACCGUUUCUUAUUUUGUGUCGAAGCAAUUUAUAAAUCACAAGCCAAAUUAGGUGAAAUCAAAGGACAUUAUUUGAAUGCUAAUGCGGGUACAUGUGAAGAAAUUCUAAAAAGAGUUGUAUUUUCUAGAGAAUUGGGCGUUCCUAUCAUAAUGCAUGACUACUUAAUAGGUGGAUUCACUGCAAAUACUACCCUUUAUAACUAUUGCCGCAAUAAUGGUCUAAUUCUUCAUAUCCUCAGUGUUAUGCAUGCAGUUAUCGAUAGACUAAAAAAUCAUGGUAUGCACUUUCGUGUAUUAGCUAAAGCCUUACGUUUGUUUGGUGGAGAUCAUAUUCACGCUGGUACUGUAGUAGCUCAGAAUGAGGGACGUGAUCUUGCUCGCGAGGGUACUGCAAUUUUCCGUGAAGCUUGCAAAUGGAGUCCUGAAUUAGCUGCUGCUUGUGAAGUAUGUAAGGAAAUCAAAUUUGAGUUCCCAACAAUGAAUACUUUAAUCCAGUAA